UCAAAAUCAUCAUUCUUCAAAUCCCUUUCACCAUAAUUCAAUCACUAAAAAGAAAAAAAUAACCCUAAACUUUUUCUAAAAGCUACUUCUCUUUUCUUUUUUCACUAUACCACUUUGAUUCCUUUAUAUAUAUAAUACUUCUUCUUUUCCAAAACCCAUAACUCAAAUCCCUUCACUUCAUUUUCUUUUUCUGCAAAAGCUUAAUUUGCUAUAGAACUGCUCUCCUAGUUAAAUGGACGAGUCUUGGCGAAUGUGCAUGGGAAUGUCAACUACCCAAAAUCUCCCACGUCGAAAAUCCAUGGAGAACACCAUUUUUUCAAUGAGCCAUUUUACCAUGGUGGCUGAUCAUACCCCUGACGCAGAUGACUUUUCCGACGUAUUCGGCGGUCCCCCACGGAGCGUGCUCUGCCGGAAAUUGUCCGGUGACUUCAACCGGUCUGCAUCCUUUUACGAAGAGGUUUUCCGGACACCGGAGUUUGUUUCGUCUCAUUCCGUGAAGGGUGGCCGGAUCUUGCCGGAAUUUAGGAUUCCGGCGAGAAGGGAAGGGUUCUACAGUGACAUUUUCGGGUCGGAUUAUAAUAUCCGACGGUCGAGGGAAAGGUCAAGGUCGAAUUCGAAAGCAAAGUCAAACUCGUCCUCGGUGCUGAGUUCGGAGGAGCUGAGCCCUCUCCAGCCGGCGGCCGGAGAUGAUGUCGGUUUGUCGUCUUUUGCUUCAAAGCUCAGGCCAAUCAAUGUUCCAUGCAGAUGGAACUCAACAAAAAUGAUGGCAGAUCAAGAACCAGCGGCAGCGAAGCACCAAGGGAUGCCAGCAUUUCCAAGCAGUCGUUCUUUCUAUAAUGAAAGUCCUUAUAUGGAAAAUGAGUACAACAAUGUUGACAACUUGAUGAGAAGCUCAUCAUUUUAUGGAUUCUGUCGAAGAGCCACUUCCCCGGAAAUCAUUAGCUUGGAACCCCAUUCAUUUCGAAGUGUCAAAAUAUCAGCAGAUGAUUUGGAGUUUAAUUCCCCUUCAUCCCCUGCCUCUUCACUUUGUCAGGAACAAACUGAGGCAAGAGUUGGAGUCCCAAGCGAUUCAAUGCAACAUGAAGAAGAAGAAGAAGAUGAUGAUGAUGAUGAUGAAGAUGAAGAUGAAGUUAUGAGUUCUUAUGUUAUUGAGAUCAAUUCUGAUUUUAAAGAGGGUACUGGGGAAGCAGUUUCCAUUGAUGAAGCAAUUGCUUGGGCAAAGGAGAGAUACAAUACUCAAAGUUCUGAAAGGGAACAUGAAAAAAACCUGCCAAUUGAAACAGAAGGAAGGUCUAAUGCAAAUGAAUCAUUUGACCGGCCAAUGGAUGGCCAUGGAACAAUGCAAACUCCCAUGGAAGAACAAAGGCAAUCGAAAGCAGAAGAAAAAGAGAGAUCAGAAGAACAGAUUAAAAUGGGGCUUUUGGAUGAAGAUGUUAAGCUUUGGUCAUCUGGCAAGGAAAAUAACAUUCGAUUGCUCCUUUCAACACUUCAUCACAUUCUAUGGCCCAAUAGCGGCUGGCAGAUGGUCCCUCUAACAAGCCUUACAGAAAGCUCACAAGUGAAAAAAGCUUAUCAAAAAGCCAGGCUAUGUCUUCACCCAGACAAACUGCAACAAAGAGGUGCAACACUUUCACAAAAAUACGUGGCAGAGAAGGCCUUUUCCAUUCUCCAGGUAAAGUUUCUAGUGAAGAAAUCCAAAGAGGGUUUUCCAGUAAACUUUCUGAAGAUGCAAAACUUAUUGCAACUGUAGUCUAAAUUCAAGCUUUAAUACGGUGCUAUACAUAUAUAUAUAUGACUGUAGGAUGCAUGGGCUGCAUUCAUCUCCCAAGAUGUCUUCAUCUAGUCCACAAUGCAGGGAAUUUUGGAACCUUUCUGGGAGCAAAAGAGGAGUCCCUGGACUCGAAGGAUUGAGAGCUCUGUUAAAGGGUUAAAAAGCAAGGGAACGUGCAAGAAGUAUUUAUUACUGUUAAUUUGGUAGAUAUAGUAAGAAUUGCAAUGGAUCAUAUAUGCAAGAAUUUUGUAUGGUUGUUUGUUAUUUUGAAGAUGGCUACCUUCUACUCCUAGGGGAUGACCCAAUAAGUAGAAAAUCAAUCGAGAUGCUAUACGAAAAUAACUAGAAGAAUUAUAAUAUACCCUAUUCCUUGGUUUCUGUUUUUCUUCUGAUCAGGAAAGUCUUAUAAGAGCAACCCUUGAGAUUUGUUUUGGUUUCAUAUUUUCAACAGUUUAAUCAAACUUACAUUCGUACAUGGCAAAGGCUUAAUCCCUAUGAAAGAGAUCACCUCAGUAAACAAAUUUUCAAGAUAAAAAAAACCUGAAAAUGUUGUUUGAUAUUCCGAGGUUGAAUCAGUAUCUCAGAUCAAAAGCUCCAUGCCCCUAACUUCUACUGCAUUUUCUUCUUCCUAGACAACUUUUCCUGUGUUUCCUAUUCACUGAAUCAGAGUUGCAAAGUAGUAAGCAUAUUAAAAGAAAACUAUGAAGACGCUAAAAUCAUGAAUCACCACAGCAUAGGUCGGUGCACCAUCAGCAAGCAUGCAAGGGCCCACCACCUAAAAUAGUGAUAUAUCUUUAAAAUUUAGCUAUCAGAA